AUGGGGUAUGUGUGUGUGAAGGGUUCAUGGGUCAAGAAACAAGAAAGUGAUGUCAAGACUGCUCAUACAGACUCUAAGCCCAAACCUUCUACUUCCCAUCCUAGCCUUAGUGACUCUGACCUUGCUGAGAAAAUUAGCGCAAUUGGCAAUCAUCUCUUUGCAAUCAAAGAUCUUCUCAUUGCCACCCAGUCCACUAUUGGUACCAUUCAUGCUAUCUCCAAGGAAACAGGGUCUGAUGUCUCCAAGAUACGGGUUGCAGUUCUCAGAGUAAGGGAAAAUGCUGUCAAGGCUUUCAAAGAGGUUCAUGACAUGCUUGAUGGAAUGAGUGUCUCAGCAAACGCUAGCUUUGAUCUACUAAAGGAGGCCAUCUGCAACACUCUUACCUAUUUUCUGCGUCAGAAGAACAAGGAGAAGUUACCAUUUGCCAUAGGAGAGACAGAGAAAGGAUGCGAUAUAUUCAGUGGGAAAUGGGUUUGGGACGAGAAUCGGCCUUUGUAUGAAGAAUCAGAGUGUCCGUACAUAACGCCACAGUCGACUUGCCAAGAACAUGGCAGGCCAGAUAAAGACUAUCAGCAUUGGAGAUGGCAACCUCAUAGUUGCUCUCUCCCGAGUUUCAAUGCGACAUUAAUGGUGGAAACACUUCGGGGGAAGAGGAUGUUGUUCGUAGGCGAUUCGUUGAACAGAGGACAAUAUAUUUCCAUGAUUUGUCUUGUUCAUAGACUGAUUCCUGAGAAUGCUAAAUCCAUCGAAAAUGAUGGUAAUUUCGCCAUUUUCACCAUUAAGGAUUAUAAUGCAACGAUUGAGUUCUACUGGGCACCAUUUCUUCUGGAAUCAAAUUCUGAUGCUGCAAUCACACAUAGGAUUGUUGAAAGAGUUGUUCGAAAUGGUUCAAUUGAUGUACAUGGGAAAUAUUGGAAAGGGUCUGACAUAAUUGUGUUCGAUACUUACCUUUGGUGGCUGAGCAAUUUUAGUAUCUUACAAGGGUCUUUUGACGAUGAAGUGAAAGAUAUAGUCGAGGUGUCCACAGAGAAUGCAUAUCGCAUGGUAAUGAAGAGUAUGUUGAGUUGGAUUAAAGAGCAUAUGANACCCCCCACCCCAAAAAAAAAUUUUCUCAUCUCCUUACCUUUUUGUAUAAAAGGAAAACAAUGGGGAGGUGAACCAAAUAAGAAUUGUUUCAAUGAGACUAAAAUGAUAGAUGAUCCAAAUUAUUGGGCAACAGAUAGUAGAAAAAGCAUAAUGCAUGUGAUUGAUGAAGAAUUUGGCAAAUCAAAAGUUCCCAUCUCAUUUCUCAAUAUCACUCAGCUCUCAAGUUAUAGAAAAGACGCACACUCGUCAAUUUACAAGAAACAUUGGAAUCCAUUAACGCCAAAGCAACUAGCAAACCCUUCCAGCUAUGCUGAUUGUGUUCAUUGGUGCUUGCCUGGGCUUCCAGAUACUUGGAACGAACUUUUAUUUGCCAAGCUUUUCUAUCUUUGA